AUGCCUCAUUAUCGUUCCCUUCGCCCUUCUCAAAUAUUGGAAGUGUUGCAAAAUUUACCGGACGACCAAUCAGAUUGUGAACCGACUGAAGAAGAGAGGCACAUUUUGCAUUUAAACUCAGAAAGUGAAGAAAGUGAUUACAAUAUUACACAAAAUAGUGAUUCUUCUAGUGAUGAUAGUCACACUCAUAGCGAUUCUGAUGAUUCAGUACCCCUCUCGACAUUACGUAGCGCAAACCUGAGAAGAGGAAGAGGUCGAGGUCGGGGUCGAGGGCAUCGUGGCUGA